CGGGAUUCAUUACUCGUUCAAAUUUUUGGUCUUACAGCUCACUCGCCAUAAGGCCCCCACAGUUUCGCCCUACUUCCUCUUGUUUCUUCUCCCAGUAUCUACUCUCCCAUCCCUGCGUUCCCCACACUGAACCAAACUAAAUUGAUUAUAGCUUCCGAAACCCUAGCGCUACAUAUCAUGUAUGCGUAAUCUACUACAUACAGUACUUGUACAUACAGAUUAAGCUAAUAUGACGAUACUUUAUGCAUUGGUCGCGAGGGGAUCGGUGGUGCUGGCAGAACACAGCGCGACGCAGACCAACGCCAGUGCGAUCGCCCGACAGAUACUGGAGAAGAUACCUGGGAACACUGAUAGCAACGUUUCGUACUCUCAGGAUCGCUAUAUUUUCAACGUUAAACGCACCGAUGGCCUCACCGUUCUCUGUGUGGCAGACGACGACGCAGGGAGAAGAAUUCCAUUUGCUUUCCUUGAGGACAUUCAUCAAAGAUUUGUGAGAACAUAUGGUAGAGCUGUACUUUCUGCACAAGCAUAUGCUAUGAAUGAUGAAUUCUCAAGAGUCCUGAGCCAACAAAUGGAAUAUUACUCACAUGAUCCCAAUUCAGACAGACUGAACAGGCUAAAAGGUGAAAUGAACCAAGUGCGGAAUGUCAUGAUUGAGAAUAUUGACAAAGUUCUUGACAGAGGAGAUCGUUUAGAGUUGCUUGUUGAUAAAGCUGCCAACAUGCAAGGGAACACCAUUCGCUUCAGGAAGCAGACCCGACGUUUCAGGAGCGCUGUAUGGUGGAGAAAUGUGAAGCUCAUAAUUGCACUGAUAGUCCUCCUCCUGGUGAUUGUCUAUGUCGUUCUGGCCUUCGUCUGCCAUGGGCUUACACUUCCAACUUGUGUGAAAUGAGAAGCAGGGAAUAGUGUAUGGCAAUGGCUAUUAUUAGCUCUUUGUUGUAAUGUUAUUAUCUUGCACAGAGUUUUUGUUUCAAUUUCUUGUUGAUUUUUGUGUUAAAAGAGAAAGUAAUGAUAUGUGUACCAACAUAAUGGUAACAAACAUCCCAACCAUCCCAAACUAAUGAAUGUCAUACUUAUUAUUCUUUAUAAACAUAAAAUUUCUUACUUUUGUAUGGUUGGCAUGUAUGUUGGUACAAAGAAUUCUUUUUUUAACAAAAAAACAAAACGAGUGUUAUUGUGUUAUAGUUAUAUGUUGCAGUCAUAUGCUAUGUAGGUGUUGCAGUUAUAUGUUGUCUAAGUUAUACUUCGUAUAUCUUAUGGUUAAUUUGAGUAAUACUACGUAUGACAAUGUUUUAUAACUAUAACUAUAGGGUCUAUACUCUAUAGUACAUGUCUUAUAAAAACGAGU